GAGCGACAUAAUGUCCAUAAAAUGUAAAUACAAUAAAUGUUAUAAAUUCCGAGUUUGAUUUUUUAAUAUUUACUGUUACAAAUUAAAUGUAUUAGUAUAAAUUAAUAAAUGUAAACUGACGAUUUUAGUAAACAAGUGAAUUUUGAAUGAAACGGAUCGAAAUAAAAAACAUAUAAAAAACUAUAUCUCGUUGUGUAAAAAUAUAAAAAAUCGCAAUGGAAAAUACGGAAUAUAAAUAUGAAAUUAUGGGGGGUUUCGUAAAAAUUCAAAACUUUUAAUUUUGACAGAUGAAAAUCAAGUUUUUCGAAAAAACAUGAAUACCUGGAGUUUACAAGAUACGUAUGUUAUUUCAAAAGCUGUAAAGUAAGUUUGUUUAAGAAAAGAUGGAGUUUGUGAGCCGUUAAACUUAGAUUUUCAGCAUAACCAUGCUCCAGCUGAAAGAUUAAUAAAUAAAUUUCGAAUAAUAAAUAAGGUAAAAAGUGUGUGUGGUGAAAAAGCAACAAUUAAAAGGAAAGGAGUGCGGGAAGUUUUUGACGGGACUUGUAUGGAAGAGAAACAACUGGCCCCGUCAGUCACAUUUCCAAAAAUGAGACGUCAACUAUACAUGAUUCGGAGUGAAAAUAUGCCAAAAAAUCCUACGGAUCCUAGUGAACUUAAAACUAUAUUUCAGAAUGAUGAAUUCUUUAAAGAAUAUGGAUAUUCCAAACAUACCGAUAAACCUCUUUAUCGAGAAACCAUUUUAGAAGACGGCUUUUCAUAUUCCAUUUUUAUAUCACCCACAAUUGCAGACGUAAUUGAGAAGAAACCAAAAGGUCGUCGAUAUUUAAUUGAUGGUACAUUUAAAACUGUUCCUUGCUGUGGUUUCAAACAGUUACUCAUUAUACAUUUCUAUUAUUUGGAGCAUACUUUUCCUUUUAUUUACAUUUUAAUGUCUAAGAGGUCGAAAGAAGUGUAUCAACACAUGUUCCAAUUCAUUAAUAAUUACUUAUUUAAAUUUGAAGCUUUGGCAUUUCAUACUGAUUAUGAAAUUGCUUUAAGGAAAGCUCUAGAAUCAACGUUCCCAACUGCGACAAUGAAAGGUUGCUGGUUUCACUACUGCCAAGCUUUAAAACGCAAGGGACAGAAAAUAACCAAUAAAAUUCACCAAAAUUAUUAAAACAAACGAGGACUGCAGCAAUUGGUAUCGUAAAAUGUUAAAUUUGCCUUUAAUAAGUCCAGAUCAUAUACAAGAAAUGUUUCUUAAUUUAAAAAAAGAUUUAUUGAGUAUGUCCAAAAGUAAGCAGGAUUGCCUAAAUAUUUUUUUAAAAUAUUUUGAAAAGGAGUGGAUGAAAAAGAUCACACCAUCAGUAUUUUCGGUUCACUUAGAAGUUAUUAGAACUACGAGUGCAUUGGAAGGAUUUAAUUCAAAAUUAUCGAAAAAAUUGGAAAAACAUGGACGAUUUCUGAAAUUUCUUGAAGUUAUUCGCAAUGAGGAUUUUACUCAUUUGGUUUCCCUUAUCCAGUCAUCGGCAGGCAUUUUGUCAGUUUUACCAAAAAAACGUAAACAAAAUUUGGACAAAGACAGUAAAAUUUGGGAGCUUUCACAAAAGCUUAAUAGAGGUAUCAUUUCUUUAACCGAUUUUUUCAAUAUAGUUAUAAAUAAGGAAAACAAUAUUAUUGAGUGCGAUAAAAUGGUAGAGGAAAACGUGGAAGAUGAUUCUGAAUCUGAAGAUAUAGAAGAAAUAAAUAUUCAUGAAAUAACUGAAGUUUUAAGGUGCGUUAUCUGUGUAACGGAAGCCAGAAAUAUUUUGUUAACACCAUGUAGACAUUUUAAUAUUUGUUCAAAUUGUUUCGAUCAUUUAGACAUGAAAUCUAAAAACAAUAAUUCACCUUCAUUGUGUUCCUAUUGCAGACAAAUUGUGCAAAAUAAUUUAAAAAUAUUUCAAUAAUAAAAAUCACGAACUUUUGUCUCGAGUUUUAAU